GAUCACUCAUGAGAAGGAGCGCUUGUUUUGCUGACCAGAGACACCUUACCUUGUGCUCAUUUUGUGAAACUGCAGAGUCGCGAGGAUCACUCAUGAGAAGGAGCGCUUGUUUUGCUGACCAGAGACACCUUACCUCUGUGCUCAUUUUGUGAAACUGCAGAUGCAGAUGGAGAAUUAAAGACAACUGAUGCCACAGCCUGAGCAGCUUCUCGUGAUUUAUUUCUACACUCAGAGAGGACACCAGAUACACAUAGGUCACAUUGGUGCCGUGACUCGUCCUCGACAACAUCGGACCGGGCUGGUGUCUUCUCAUCGCAGCAUCGUUUGGAGCAUCUCUUGUGUUUUGACUGUUGGGUGUACUUCAAUUUUACAUUUGCCUGUUAUCAUAUUGCGUUAAGCCCAUUGUAGUUCUUUUGAUGUACUGCUAAAUAUGGAUCUCAGUAACUGUGGUGAUAACUUAAAUGUGACCCCCCUUGGUAUUGGUAGGGGUAGAGGGUUCACAGCUGUUCCUUUUUCACUGGGUGGCCUUCGGGUGGGUAAUAGGACAACAGAUAGUCCCUGUGGGCUUUUGUUUGACUCACAGCCACCAGAGGGCGCUACUGCGUCAGUUGCAAAUCCUCCAAUUACUGAUGUAAGUCUAGUUGACCAAAUGAGUUCUAUUGUACAGCAGAUUGGACAACAGCUGGCUGAUAGCGUUAUGUCACAUCUUAAUAUACCUCACACCUCAAGUCCUGCAGCUGCUACGUAUGCAUGUCCUGGUGGGGCAUAUGAAACAAAAGACAUCCCUUCCAGUCAAGCUUUAGAUCUUUCCCAGGUGCAGCUAGUAGCUCAGAGACAGAUCAAAGACCCACCUAUAUUUCGAGGUGAGGGUUCGGACUCACUGACUGUUGAUGAAUGGGAGGAAGCCAUGCAGAGUUACAUAAGGAAGAGCGGCAUUCUCCCAGAAAAUCAAGCUGAGGAGAUUAUGAUGCACCUGAGAGGCAGAGCGAAGGAUGUUGUAAAAUUUGGUGUAAGGAAUGGUGGUCUUGAUGUCCAGCAUAACCCACAAGCCAUCUAUGGCCUCUUACGCAAACAUUUUAGCUCCUCCCACUGCUCGACAGUGCCCCUGGCCGACAGAAAACUCUCACAGUCAAUCCCUGAUAUUGACAGGAAAUCAGCUGAGGAUUUUGUCAUCAUAGGGUGUGGGGGCCACUUUGUCACGCCUUCUGCUAUGUAUGACCUCACUGUAUCAGUGUAUGGCUUUAGGGUGAUAAUUCCUGUUCUGGUUGUCCCGGGCCAGACUGAUGACAUGAUCCUGGGCAGCAAUGCUAUAAAGUGGCUUAUUUCACAGUUGAAAGUGACUCUUGGUGCCCAGAAUAGCCCGUCCACAGUGGGUGGUAUUCAGAGUGACACUUUACCCCACUUGGCAACCUUGCUGUCUUAUUCAGAUAACUGUGAUGUACAUGCACUGCCUCCCAGCUUUGGCACUGCGAAACUUAAGAGACGCGUCACCCUGCAGCCCAUGUCUGAACAUUUGGUGUGGGCUAAGCUGCCUGCACCUGAUGCCUCAGUGGCAGGGAGUACUGUCAUCAUUGAGCCCACCCAGUCUCGGUCCAGACCUGUUCAGAUUCUGGUGGGCAGAGUUGUAACUUCCUUGUGGGGGGAUGGUUGGGUCCCUGUUAAAGUGGUGAAUCCCUCUGAGAAGCCCCUCACUCUGAGACGAAAUACAAAGAUUGCUGAUGUGUCCCCCUGUCUUUCUGUACAGGACUUACCUGAACCUGUCCUUAUUCAAUCAAGUGCACAGUACACACAAGACUCACCGACUACUCUGAGAUCAGAGGCAGAAAUGUCACAGACCUUGUGUGAUUUGGGCCUACAGGACUUGGACCUUUUGUCUUGUGAAGUUUCCCUGGAAUGGAAGGGCAAACUGCUGCGGAUCAUUGAACAGUAUGAAUCCAUCUUUUCCCGGCACAAAAUGGAUUGUGGUGAAGCAGUAGACUUUGUCCACAGAAUCCGCCUUGUAGAUGACAAACCCUUCAGACUGCCAUACAGACGGGUACCGCCAUGCUAUUAUGAGAAACUUCGCACUGCCCUGAACGAGAUGGAGGAGUCGGGGAUAAUUCGUAAGUCACAGAGCGAAUUCUCAUCUCCCCUUGUCUUGGUUGCUAAGCCAAAUGGUGACUUGCGCAUAUGUAACGACUUCAGAUGGCUGAAUGCAAGGACAGUUAAAGAUGCACACCCUUUGCCUCAUCAGUCAGAUGCACUUGCUGCACUUGGUGGAAAUGUCUUCUUUUCCACAAUGGACCUCACGUCGGGGUUCUACAAUGUCAGACUCCAUGAGGAUGAUAAAAAGUACACUGCGUUCUCUUCCCCAUUUGGCCUUCAUGAGUAUAACAGAAUGCCCCAAGGCCUGACAAAUAGUCCUGCCACUUUUAUGCGAAUGAUGAUGUCCAUUUUUGGUGAUGAGAACUUCACAAGCCUGUUAUGCUACCUGGAUGACCUUAUGGUCUAUGCCCCAUCUGAACAGGUGGCACUUGACCGUCUACAGAUGGUCUUUUCACGCCUUGCUGCCAACAACCUGAAGCUCUCGCCUAAGAAAUGCCACUUCCUUCAGCGGUCUGUGAAGUUCCUGGGACACAUCAUAUGUGGUGAUGGUGUACAAAUGGACCCAAGUAAAGUAGAGGCUAUAGAUAACGUGCAGGAAGCUGAUCUGAUGGAGUCUGACAGUGUGACACCUUGUGCUAGAAAAAUCAGAUCCUUCCUAGGAAUGGUUCUCUAUUACCAUCACUUUAUUGAACGGUGCUCUGCAAAAGCUAAACCGCUGUUUGAUCUUGUGGCUGAGCCAGCUGCAUUACAUAAGAGGGGAAGGGGCCAUAAGCCCAAAUUUAAACGAGGCCAAGUGAAACUGUCUCCAGCUGACUGGACUGAUGAGUGUAGAGAAGCAUUCAGGACUUUGAAACAUGAACUUGUGCAUAGUGUCACAUUAGCCCAUCCAGAUUUUAAUGCACCAUUCAUCCUUGCAGUCGAUGCCUCUUUUGAUGGCCUUGGAGCUGUCCUUUCUCAGUUGCCUCCGGAGGGAAAAAUUGCCAGACCAGUGGCUUUUGCCAGUUAG